AUGGCAGGCCAGGAAGGGACCAAGACGGCACCGCCGUCGCUGGGUUCGGACGCCGAGGCUGGUGCCGGUGGUGCCAGCGCUGCUGGCGGGCAGGCUGGCGGGCAGGGCCAAAAGGGCCAGCAGGGCCAUCCUGGUGCGAUGGGCCAAGGCCAGGGCAUGCCGCAGCAGAUGUACCCCAUGCAGUACGGAUAUGCUCCGUACCAGGGCUACCAGCCGUACCCGUCGUAUCAGGGCUUCCCGCAGUACGCUGGUGCGCCGCCGGCGGCCUACACGCAGCACUCGAGCCCCGGUGCUCCUGCGCCGGCCGCUGCCAAGCGCUCCGGGCUCAACCCUGCUGCGUCGAUCUUUGAGUAUAAGGCUGCCUCGAAGAUUGUCGUCUCUACCCCUCAGGGUAAGGAGGUCGACAUUAACGAGCUGGCCGGCAAGAAGGCUAAGGCUGCUGCCGAGGCCAAGGCUGCUGCCGAGGCCGAGGCCAAGGCUGCUGCCGAUGCCAAGACCGAGGCUACUACCGAGGCGGUGGCUGAUGCCAAGACUGAGGCUGCUGCUGAUGGUGCUGACAAGCCGAACGCGUCCGAGGCCGAGGCCGAGACUAAGGCCGAGCCCAAGCCGAACGCGUCCGAGGCCGAGGCCGAGACCAAGGCCGAGACCAAGACCGAGGCCGAGGCCGAGGACAAGCCGGACGCCGCCGAGACCGAGGACAAGCCGGCUGCCGACGCGGAUGAGGCUGGCUCGUCGGCCGAGGCGACGGCGGCUGCAGCCGAGGCCGAGGCGCGGGCUGCGGCGGCCAAGGCUGCGGCCGAGGCUGCGGCUGAGGCUGCGGCUGCGGCUGAGGCCGAGGCACGGGCCGCUGCACGGCGUGCAGUGCCGCACGAGGUUGAGCCCGGCAAGAUCAAGCGGUACACGCGCGAGCAGCUGAUGCAUUUCAAGGAUCUGACUGCACCGCCGGACUCGGACGUGUUCCGCAAGUUCAAGGAGCAUUACGAGGAGAUGGAGCGUGCUGAGCCGCGGCAGCAGCGGAGCCGCGGCAAGGCGAACAACCGCGGCCGGCGGUCGAACCGCAACUCGCGGAAGAACGACUACCAGGGCGGCGGACGCGGGCGCAAGCGUGGGUCGCGCAAGGGCCGUGGUCGGCGCGGCGGGUACAACGGCGGUGGCAAGGGCCGGCCGACGAUCGACCCGGCGGACGUCAAGCCGCUGGAGCUGUCCGAGUCGCGGUGGAAGCCUGCGACUGCGUCGCAGGCAGACCUCGACGAGACCGCGCGGGUGAUCAAGGCGGCCAAGGGCAUUCUCAACAAGCUGACGCUGGAGAAGUUCGACCGGCUGUCGAAGAAGCUGGUCGAGGUCGGCAUUUCCUCGCCGGCCAUUCUCCGCGAGCUCAUCGGGCUCAUCUUUGACAAGGCCAUCGACGAGCGACCGUUUGCGUCGAUGUACGCGGCGCUCUGUGUAUUCCUCCAGGAAAACGUGGAGACGUUUACCGAGACCAACGACGAGGGCGAGGAGGAGGACGUGUCGUUCCGGCGGCUGCUGCUCAACCAGUGCCAGGAGAAGUUUGAGCGGCCAACGGAGCUGUCGGAGGAGGAGAAGGAGGGCAUGACCGAGGAGGAAAUCCGCGAGAAGAACCACAUUCUCAAGCUCCGCCGGCUGGGCAACAUCAAGUUUAUCGGCGAGCUGUUCAAGCAGCGGAUGAUUUCGGCGCGGAUCAUGCACGACUGCGUGCUCACGCUGCUCAAGGAUCCGGAGAACCCGGACGAGGAGGAGCUCGAGUCGCUCUGCGAGCUGAUGGAGACGGUCGGCAAGAUGCUCGACGUCCCGCAGGCUGCGCAGUACAUGAAGGCGUACUUCCAGCGGAUGACCGCGCUCUCGACGUCGGACAAGGUCCCGUCGCGGAUCCGGUUCCACCUGCAGGACAUCAUUGCGGCGCGCAAGAAUGGGUGGGAGUUCCGCAACGCCCGCAAGAAGAAGGGCCCGAAGACCAUUGCCGAGAUUCACGCCGAGAAGGCCGCCGAGGAGCGCGCUGCGGCCGCCGAGGCUGCGCGCAACGACAAGCGCGACCGUAAGCGGGGCGGACGGCGCGAGCGGGGCGGGCGGCGCGAGCGGGGCGGGCGCGGCGACCGCGACCGUGGCGACCGCGACCGCGACCGUGGCCGGUACCAGCGCCCGGCGGCGACCGACCGCUUUGCUGUCAGCCGCAACAACUACGAGCGGCCGGAGCAGUUUAACGCCCGCAAGUCGAAGAAGGCUAAGGCGUCGAACAGCGACGGUUGGUCGACGGUCAACCAGGGCACGGCCAAGCGCCCGUCGGCGACCUCGGAGGACCAUCUGACGCUCGGCCCGUCGCGCGGCGGCUCGUCGCUCGCCUCGGGCGCCCGCGGCUGGAAGUCGUCGUCGGACGACAAGCCAAAGUCGAGCUCGGGGACCAAGAAGUCGACGUCGGUCGGCCAGAACCUGUUUGCUCUUCUCGAGGCCGGCUCGUCGAGCUCGAGCUCGAGCUCGGAGGACACCCAGAGUGGCUCGGGCUCGGCUGACGCGAGCGGCUCGGCCGACGCGAGCGGCUCGGCCGACGCGAGCGCUUCGGGUGCCGAGUCGCUGACCGAGGAGGACAUUGCCGAGGCACACAAGGCCGGCAAGUCGCUGUUCAAGGAGUACACGUCCGCCAAGGACACCGCCGAGGCUGUGCAGUGCAUCGAGGAGGUCGAGACCGCGCCGGCAUGGGUCGCCAUCGCGGGCGGCCUGCUCGCCAUGUACGAGUCCAAGGCCGACGAUGUGGCCGCGGCGCAGGAGCUCCUCGCGCACAUUCUCGAGGCGACCGAGCUGCUGAGCUCGGCGGCUGACGUGCAGGCGCUGCUCGCCAUGGUUAUGGAGGCCCUGCCGGAUCUCUCGAUUGACGCACCGCACGCGCCCAAGUACGCCGCGGCAUCGGCGGCACUCCUCAUCGACGCGCACAACCUGGCGCUCGACGAUGUGCUCACCCCGGAGGCCCUGGAGCCGUUUGGGAUGUCUUCGCACCGCGUCGUCAGCUCGUUUGUGAGCGCGCUCAAGGACGCUCGCGGCGGCAAUGUGGCCUCGGUCGUCGCCACCUGGCGGGCGUCGUCCAUCGACCUCAUGGAAGUGCUGCCCGGGCGGAUGGCCGACGUUUCCGGCCUUGCUGACUGGAUGUCGCGCGCCGGACUCGACGGCCUGUUCAAGCCCGAGCAUGAGGUGCACCGCGUCAAGGCCAAGAAGAUGCAGCCUGUCCUCUAUGCCGCCUUUGUCGGCGGCACCUCGAUCGACGACGUCCUCACGCUCAUUGCUGAACUCCCUGUCGAGCUCCGCGAGUCGCCCGAGUUUGCUCGCGCGGCCCUUGCGGCCAACCUGGAGUUUAUCGCCAAGAUGGCACCGCUCGCCAACGGCUUUGCCGACUCGGAGCUCAAGACUACUGUCACCGAGCUCGUGGCCAAGUACGCCUCGAUCCUCGUUGUCGUUGUCAACGCCUCGCUCGAGGCCCAGGCCGAGUGCGUCUUUGAGCUGCAGGCCUACGUCUGGGACCUGGCCUCUGCUGCCGACGGAGCCUUCCCGCCCGAGCUGCUGCCGUACCUCUUCCACACCUACUACGACAACGAUGUCAUCAAGGAGGAGGCCUUUGAGGCCUGGGCCAGCGACUCGCGCUCCACUCCCGGAUACGAGGAGUGCAAGGCCGAGGCCGCCGCCUGGCUCAAGUGGCUCGCCGAGGCUAACCCCGAAUGAACCCAAGGACUAUCCUA